AUGCCAUCUGAUAAAUUGGAAAAGAAGUUGCAGUUGCAAACCAAGUCAGAUGCAACGACAAUGCCACCCUCGAUCUUGACGAGGAACAUCACACCUCCUAUUGGCAACCCACAGAGAGUGACAACAAACGCAUCAACCCUGCUGUUGCCAGCGUCUCCUGCUCCUGCAAGCAAUUCACUAGAGCAAUUACAAUCACUAGAGCAAUCACAAUUUGACAAUAAAAGGGCAACUGUCAUUGUUCCCGGAAUUUCUCAUUUCAAGGGCGCCGAAAAGAUUCAUUCUGACUCAGUGAUACCAACAAUCAGCUCAUUUGACAAGCUGCUUAACACGAAGAAUGAGUCGGACAAGAACAUUUCGAAUUCGCCUACCGAGUUUCUGCAUCACAAAUCGCCAUCGGUUCAUGCUCAUUUCGAUGUGGACGAAGAGUUGAGACGAAAUAAAAUGGGCAACAGAUCAAGAAGCGGCUCGGCAUCUAACAACCCGCUCUUUCUUUCAUUUUCCAGAGAUGGAAGCAAAAGCCAGGAAAGCUUCAAUAAGGAAAACCAAACCGGCGCGUCAUUUUCAUUGUCAGCCGAUCCAACUAAACUGCAGCAAGCUUUGAAUUCGAAUUUAAAUUCAAAUUCGAAACCUAGCCCAGAGCAGAAUUCCAAUAUUGACCCACGACUUCCACAAGACGAUGGUAAAAUCCACAUAUUAUUUGGUAUUUGUGGAGCACUUUCAGCUGGCAAAAUCAAGCUGAUAAUAGGCAAGAUUUUUGAGAUAUAUACACCAGAAAAGGUUGCAAUUCAGUUGAUAAUGACUAAAUCAAGCGAGAAUUUUCUUUUACAAGAAAGCUUGAACAUCUUGGAAAAUAAAGGGAUUAGGAUCUGGAAAGAUUCAGAUGAAUGGACAACGUGGAAAACAAGGCUGGAUCCUGUUUUACACAUAGAAUUACGCAGAUGGGCUGAUAUACUUGUCAUUUGUCCCUUAACCGCAAACACCUUAUCCAAAAUAUCUUUAGGAUUGUGUGAUAACUUAUUGACAAAUGUAAUACGAGCAUGGAAUACUUCGUAUCCAAUUUUGCUUGCUCCAGCAAUGGGGAGUUAUUCAUACAAUGCAAUUACUACAAAGAGACAAUUGAGACUCAUAGCUGAAGAAAUGCCGUGGAUCGAAGUUUUAAAGCCACUGGAGAAAGUAUUUGGCAGUUAUGGUGACAUAGGUAUGGGAGGUAUGAUGGAUUGGAAUGAAGUUGUAAACAAGAUUGUUUUGAAAUUAGGAGGAUAUCCUGAUGUUGAAGAGGAUGAUGAAGAAGAGGAGGGUGAUAUCGACGACGACAAUGAUAUCAAGCAGAACUCAGAUAAGGAGCGAAGCGCGGUGCAUGAUGAUGAUGAUGAUGACGACGACGACGAGGAGGAGGAGGAGGAUGACGAGGAAGAUGACGAUGACGAUGAUGAUGACGAUCAAGAUGACUCCUAG